GGGGAAGAUGGCGAUGAAUGUGAAGAACAGAGAUGCGUUUUAUUCAAAUGCUGACUAUUGCAAUAUCUACAGCUCUCAGCCUGUAAACUAUGGAGAUUUCAGCCAUUAUUUCCCUCGGAUGACAGGCGAUGCGUGUGUCGCGAGCGCAGAAGUGACGCAGUUGAAGUCGGCAGUGUGGGAACACUUGGGUGUGUUAAAGAACCACGAGGCAUCAUCAGUGUUUGUCAGUUACCCAGUUUGUAGCAAGAAAGUGUUGACUCAAGCAUGAAACACUUCAAACCUGAAUCUCCACGAGCAUCAUCACUGAAUUUAGGGAGAUGAAUGUCCAGACGCGGUUCUGAAGCCGCCACUCAGUCUGAUGUACCAGCAGCAGCCGCAGCACUUCCAGGUCAUGACCCCCGCUCAGAACCUCAGACCGCCCCCUGUGAUGAUGUCACCAGACCCCGUGCGAUUCCCGCUCUGUACCCCUCUCGCCGUAAAGAUGCCGCCCGACCCGUACAUCCCAGCACCCCUUGUCGUCAGUCCCAAACCCCCCGAGGACGAUGGUCAGGUGGUGUGUGGCAAUCAGGAAGCCACUCUGGAAGAACUUUGCAGGCCUUUGUAUUGCAAACUGUGCAACGUCACACUCAACUCUUCCCAACAGGCUCAGGCCCAUUAUCAGGGGAAAAACCACAGCAAGAAGCUGCGCAAUUUUUAUGCUGGUAGUGAUCAGCCUCCUCCCAUUAGAAUAGCAGAGGUAGUAGAGACUGUUUCCCAGCAACCCUCAGCCACUCCACCCACAGAUUCUGCACAUGUGACGGCAAAACAGCCACUCUCCGCUAGCAGAAUCAUACUGGCAACAGAAAAUGACUACUGCAAGCUGUGUGACGCCUCCUUCAGUUCACCCACUGUGGCUCAGGCACACUACCAGGGCAAGAACCACGCCAAGAGACUGCGGCUGGCAGAGGCACAGCAGAACGCCACGUCCUUAGACUUGUGUGAAACUCAGAGACGUCCCCGGAAGGAAGGGUACGAGUACCGGUUAAUGAAGAACCGCAGGGCAGUGCCAGCCCCUUACUACAACCCACGUCCGAGGCAGCGGAUCCCACGAGAUCUCGCCAUGUGCGUCACACCCAGCGGGCAGUUCUAUUGCUCCAUGUGUAACUCGGGUGCCAGCGAAGAAGCCGAGUUUCGUCUCCACUUGGAGAGCAAACAGCACAAAAGCAAAAUGUCGGAGCAACGCUACCGCAGUGAGAUGGAAAACCUGGGAUACACUUAGAUUCAUAUGAUCUGCAAACAGCCACUUUUCUUUUAGAAUUCUAGAGACCAUUUUUAUAGUUUUAAUGCAGGUUCAAAGUCGUAAAGUGAUGACUUUUAUUAUUCUAUAAGCUAUUUAGAAGCUUAUACUCACACAGGUGAAUUUGACCAACAUGGCAAAGUUUCAAAAGUGCCAUAAAUUGGUAAUGAGGAAACUUCAUUUAGUCAGUGAUAUGGAGCAGGUUGAAAGCACAGAUCUAGGAUGAGUUGAUAAAUAAGCUUACGAUGAUUCAUUAUUAGUAUGAAGAUUCUUAUCCUAAAUCUGUUUCUCGCUGCGCAGGUAAAUAUCAUGUACAAAACACUUUUCAGUAUGGACAGAUGUAACAUUUAUUACUAUUUAUUUAUUUCUAAGUUUACUACUAAACUUUGUGUGAUUGAAGCCUCAAAUAUACAGUAGGAAACACAUCUAGCAGGAUUGAAAGUCGAAUGAUCGAGACAACAUGUGUUGGCAUGAAAGUGAUGCCAACACAUCUGCAAUCUCUGACAUUACAUACAUGAAGCUUUUCAGUCAGCCAAACAUCAUUCAGUCUAUUUUGGGGGUAGGUCUAAUAUUUUCUUGUCAUGCAGGUUCAUUCCCAGGGAUCUCUUCACUCACUACAGGGACAAAUGGGAAACAUGGCUAUUUUUAAUAAGGUGACGUUGGGUCUGUGCCCCCCAUGCCCCCUACCUCACAUGAAGAUGGCCGUUCUGUCUGUUGUACAAGCCGGCACACUUCGUAGCUUUAUAGAAGUUGGAGAUGAAAUUUAUUUGGUAACAUGCUGCAAUUAAUGCAUUAGAUAUCAUGAACUAACAAUGAGCAACAACAACUGUAUUAUUAUAUGUAAAGAUUAUUAAAGAUAGUAAAAGUAUUGAUCAUUGUUAGUUUAUGAUAACUAAUGUAACCUUAUAGUAAACUGCAUCUAUAUGAAUAUAAGAAGAAAACACAACGACCUUUGAGCAGUUAUGUUGGGACAGAUCGAGACCAUGUUUGAAAAAUUUAAGAGGUUUGUUUCUACAUUUUACAUUCAUGCAUGCUUUCUCCUACACCCAUUUUAUGACUUAAAAUCGUGUAAAUAUUAUGAAAAUAUUUUACAAUAUUAUAAAGGGUUCCUUGAAAAAGUCACUGUGAAGGUUCAUUGUCAGUUAUAAUUGUAGAUAUCUUCUGUUUGAUUUAGUCUUUUUUCUGUAGGUGAUGUUGCAUGAAAUAACUGCUGCUUCUGUCAAAGUAGGAAAGUUGCACUGCAAGAAAAGGAUCAUUUCACAACCGAAUUGCACAUGCUAAGGAAAUGGAAAGACCGAAUAGUGUUCAUCAUCACAGUCAUUCGGAUGUAAUGUUUACAGUGGGAGAAAUCACAGGGGAUCUGAUGUGUUGCUCAGUGGAGUUUGACUCUUGUGAACUGAACCAUGAACACAUCUUAAUGUGCCUCACAGUGUAAAGUUUACUCCAAUAGGAUGUUACCUUGAUCUACUUUGCAUAUGUUUAAAAUAGGAGAACUAUUCAUGUUUUGCAUAUUCAAAUACGGACCAUUUCCAUCAUGUCUUUGUUUUACAUGUAAAUAAAUAGAUACAUUACAUAUACAUCAGUAGAUACAUGUACAUUAUAAACAAGCCCCACUGAUCAUAUAUAUUAUAUUAUAUUAUACUUGUGUGGCUUUUGCAAAUAUAGUGGAUGGAAACAGGACAGAGACAACUGGAAAUGAGGUCAGGACAUGUUGCAGGCCAGACUCGAACCUGCUUCCCCAUAUGAGAACCACAACUGCAAAAUGUCUGAAGUUUUUGUGCUCACCACAGCUGUUCUCUUGCGUUAGUCGUUGCAUCUGCAUUCAGACACGAGCCAUGUGACAGGAAGUUGUGACCCUGCGUGGGACAAAUGGAGAAUCUCACAUACCUCUAUUUUCAUUUAAACUGGGACUGACCAAGCGAAGGGUUUUUAUUUGUAUGAUGACGUCUCUCAAUAAUGUGUUCUGAAGGAUGAACAGGCACAUUUGAUCUUGUGGUGCUUUUUGAAGACACAUUCUUAUAUAACGGUCGCCUUGAGGACAUAUUGAAGUCCAGAAGUUCAUGUCCAUCAAAGGUCCGAGUGCAAUACAGAUCAAAGCUGAUGUUUAUUUCAAUAAAGAUGACAGAACUUCACUGCAAAGAGUCCUGGAAGUUUUUGAAUAGAAAAUGUAUUACUAUAUUUCAUGAAAAGCAAUUAUUUCAUAAGAUGUAUGAAGAUGAAUCAGAAAUAUAACGGUCUGAUAUAAAGAAAUUGUCUAAAUGAUUUUGGUGUUUUUUAUUUCAGUCUUGAUGAGCGACUGUGAAAGCUCUUGUUUUAAUCAGAAUGAUGCUGUGACACUAACAUAACCUGUUAAAUGUUUUAAACAUUUUAGAUAGUUUUCUUCACUUAAUUCAGUCUCUUCAUGUACAGACUCCAUUCAAACUUUGUUUUAUAGAUAAUUUCAACCUGAGAUAUUGUUUAGGAAAGUUUGAAUAUCUUUCAUGGACUUACUCUGAGUGUAGCUGACUGUGAUGAUGUCAUUGGAACAUUUGCAUACUGGAUUGCAGUUGAUCUUUCUCACAUGUAUUUGCAUACUGAAAUGUGCUCUUUUCUUUCUCAGGGUUUCUCACUUCUGCCUUCUUGCAGACUUGUGUUUCAGCACAUCUGUCUGUAAUUCUGAAGUGAUGAGUUCAGGUGUGUUUAAUUAGAGUUGGAUCUCUGAGUUAUUACAUGUAUACAGAACAGCAGCUGUAAAGCUCUGAUUACUGUUCUACAGCUGCUGCACAAGUACUGAUGUUUCCUUCAGGAAAUGCAGAUGUAGUUAUGAUUCAGUUUUCAUGAGAACAUGUUUGAGAACACAUUGCUUCAUCCAUCAAAUGAUGACCUUCUCGAGCAGUCUGUUGUGAGUUCACAGUGUCAAAAAUGAAGGGGGAAUUGUGGAAAAAAUGCCACCUAAAAUGAAAAAGAUAAAUAAAUAUAUAAAUGUCCCAGAAAUAUAAAAUGUGGGGGCAAAAAAUACAGUCCUUACUAUUUUAUUUUAGUUCUAGUUACACAUACUUUGGCAUAUAAUAUGAGUUGAUGUUGAUUUAAACCUUAGGGUAAGAGGUAAUAAAUUCUCAAUCUUGAGAAUUUGUAUGAAUGAAUUGGUUAAUCUGAUGUAUUUGAUGUUUGAAUAAGACAGUUUGUUUUACAUGAUUAGAAAAAAAAAUAAAAAUAAAUAAAAUGCCCCUGGAAAUCAAAUCCAGGGGGUCAAAAAUUGCCCCUUUAUGUAAAAGUUCAUUUCUGAGUCACAGCACUGAAUUAUACAGACUUGUGUCCAGCUCUUUAUGUUCUGCAUGAGGAUCUAUAGGAUCAGUGACAUUAUAUGGCUUAAUUAUAUUAUGAAUUCACAUGAAACUAUUUUCCACAUCUAAUAUAUUGCCAACAAUACAAUGAGAUUAUAUUCGUUUGGUAUCAUGAACAAAUAAUUAAUACAUUGUUUAUAGCAUUUAUUAAGCUUUGUUAAUAAACAUACAAUUGUUCAUUGUUUGUUCAGAGUGCAUUAAUUAAUGUUAACAUAUACAACUUUUGAUUUAAAAAUGUAUUAGUAAUAGUAUCGGUUGAAAUUAACAUGAACUAAUAAAUGCUGUAAAAGUAUAGUUCAUUGUUACUUCAUGUUAACUAAUGUUAACAAAUAUUUUAUUGUAAAGUUUUACCAAUAUAUUUGAUUUGAUGACAUCACCACCUUGAGUUUACAGUCCUGAUGCUAUCUUGAAUUGAAAGUGUGCCAUCUGCUGUCUCUAGUUUGUAAGGAACUGCCUAUUGAUUGAAGACCAUUGAAGUCUUUCAGACGCACUGCUGAUAGAUUAUAUAUAAGUAUAUAUGAUAUAUAUAUAUAAUAAUAAUAAUAAUAAUAUCAAACCAAGAGGUCUCUCUAAAUUGUUCCAGCUGGAGAUUUUCUCAAAACGAACUCAACUUUUCUUAGUGAUUUCUGCUCACCUUUAAUGAACUGGUGUUGUGGUGAUUUUUACUGGAUGUAUGAAGUCAGUUCUGUCACACAGGUGGAGUUUAACACAUUCACUAUCAACACACUGACUGCAUUUUCAACACUGCAUCUAUUGUUUAAAUAUACUGUAUACAACAUAUCAAAUCACCUCAAAAGGUUUAUUCAUGGAAAAGACAUAAUUUCAACACACAUACACAGAUCAUCAUUUUCAACAGUUGCCAGAAAUCCUUGUACUUUGACAACAACUAUAUUGUUAUUUACCCUUGAUGUCACUAAAGAAUAUCAAUCUCUUUGUUACAUCACACGAGUCUCUUUGUGAUCCAAUAUGACAUGAAAACACAGUUUAACACAGAUACAGCACACAUCAGUAGUGUCAUAUCAUGUUUACAUCAAUAUAUAUGUGUACGUAUUUAUACUGGCACCAAAUAAUCAUAAUAAUACAACCAUUUCAAAUAUCAGUUUAAAUGUACAGUGUAGAAUAUAUUACAGCACUCUUUGGACAUUAUUUGUGGCAAAACUGUAAUGGACCGAACCGCACUGUACUGCACAAACACAAUUACAGAUAAUCUCAGUUAACAGACAUGUUGGCUUUGUACUAUAAUUUAGUUGAUUCUUAUUUAUAGAAGGUUGGUAUGAACAUUAAUUAACUUUUAUUGUUGAAAAUACAAAUUCUUACGAGAUUUUUGUUCCUACAUUUGUUAAUGUAACAAACAGCUUAUUUCUUUUUAAUCUCAUAAGCCCUUCAAUUUCUCAGAAACAUGCCGUUAAAAACACUGUUGGAAAGUCUGAAUAUUCUGCACAAUUAUUCUGAGCAAAAUAUAAAAAUAACCAACUGAACAGUGAGAGUUGAUUUCAAAUAUCACUUACAUUUAUAAAGGAGACUGAUUUAACUGUCAGGUGAAGGAGGCCGAUAUUUUAAAUCCCUUAAAACAUAUAAAAAUUAAAAUAAAUAUAUUCUAUCAUUACGUAAGGGAUGUGAAUUAAAAGCAACAACAAAAGAUCUUUAGACAAAAUAAAUUCCAUGAAUAUGUUCUUUGACACAAUGAGUGUUUCUUUGUCUUGUACACACACACACACACACACACACACACACACACACACACACACACACACACACACACACACACACACACAUACACACACACACACACACAGAUACACACACACAGAUACACACACA